AUGAUGAGGAAUUCUUUCAAGUUAAAGUUGAGAAACAUGUUUCUUUUAUGGACCAUCAUCAAUAUGAAUUUUUGGGUCAAAGGAGCACCUGCUUUGACAAAAGUUGGAAACCAUAUUACUGAAGAAACCAAGAUUGUUAAAGAUCCUGAUCAUACGGAUAACCUGCUUAAGCAUGUUCAACUUCAAUCAGCCAAUGCGGUAAAUAGGAUCGAAGAUGGUACAAACCUUGGACGUUCUACGGAUCUUGGUAAUGUAAGAGCAAGUUCUGAAGACCCAAAAGUUGUGGAUAAUUCUCAAACGAAUGGAAUGGAAAUGAAAGAUCGGUUAAUGGAAUCCUUUUCAGAUAAAGAAGAAAUUAUGGAUUUAAAAUAUUUGAGGGUCAUUGAUCUAGAUCCGAUUUUUAAAUCUCAUAAACUUUUUGAUUGGAAUGUGAAAUUUCUCAAACCAUCACAACUCAAGUACCUUUCAACUGAUGAGACGAUCAGAUACGUAGCAGAAAGAGAUACGAUUUUAUCAAAGGAGGUGAUGAAGUUGUAUAAGAUUGGAAAAGAAUACGAACGAGCUGAAGAAAAUGCAUUCGGCUUGGCUAUAGAUGGUAAGGAUGGUGAGGGGGUAGUGAAGGGAAUGGAACGGGAUUUGUUGGAGCGUGGAAGGUCUGGAAAAGAUGCUAAGAUGGUUUCUAGGAUCACUUGGAUUUAUUCCAAGUUGAAAACAAACCCGUCAACUGGUUUAGAACAAGCUGUUCAAAAACUUCAGGAGGCUCGAAAGUCUUACCUUGAAGUUUAUCGCCAUACCGUUCAUCAUAUCAUUAACUCUGUUUUAUGGGACCGAUUCACAUCGGGAGAAAUCUUGAAGCUUACCGAUAAGCAGUAUGUGAGAAAGGCAGCAUUAUAUGACAAAGAUACAAAUAAAAAUCAUGGCCAAUGGUUGAAGAAUGAAAAAAGUUUACGUGAACUAGUCAAAAGCACUCGAUCAAAAUUGUCGCCUACAUUUAUUCGAGAUGGUGAACAGAUACUCAAGAGUAAGAUAGAUGAGACAUACUCAAAAUUGAUAAAAGAAUUAAAACUUAAAGGAAAAGAGAUUGAUGAGAUAAGUAUACAGGAUCUUGCUGAGAGGGAAAUUAUUAAAAAAGAAGCAAAGGGUUCAGAGUAUCAAGAGUUUCAUCACGUUGGUAUUAGGGAGAUUGAGAGAUUGGAAAAAAUCACUGAGAAAUUCAAGAGAUUGGCUUUGAGAAGUGCUGAUAAGUUUUAUAAAGGUCUUGGGGUUUUGAAAUCGUCAGAGUUGAAAUACAAAGCUUGGUCAUUUAGAAAGUUUUUUAAAGGAUGGAGAUAUAAGGGUUGGACAUUGACAAACUUCUUUAAAAGGUUGUUUCCUUGGUUUUUUUAG